GUUCCGAUGCCGGCUCCCGGGGCUGGCGGGCGGGGGGACUGUGGGGAUUGAGCUCAGAGCCGUGACGCCAUGCCCGGCCGUUCGGGCCGUCGCUGCCGCCUGUUCUGGCUCCUGGCGAGCUGCCUGAGCGCCGCCUUCCUGUGCCUGAGGAGCGAGCUGGCCACUCAGCCCGAAGAGGAGCCUAGCCCAUUGCCUGUGCUGCAGCUGUCCCUGGCUUUCCUGCUGUGUUACUCUCUGAUCAAGUCCUGGUGCCCAGUGUGUCCUCACCAGCCCUGCCCUGUGCUGGCACCGUCCGCCUCUCUGGCCAGGAAGGCCGCCCUGGAGGGUUACUAUGAGCAGCGGCUGAGAGUCUCCCCCCAUGUCCUGGGUCACAGCCGGGCCCAUGUGAGUCAGUUAGUGGGUGAGUUACUCAGGGUGGGCAGGACAGAGCAGGAUGGGGGCACACUGGGAUUCCGGGGAGAUUUCCUGCAGAUUGGCAGCACCUGGGAACAACACCAGACCAACAGCCCGGACUGCUUCGACAUCCUGGUGCCCAUCAAAGUGCCCCAAGUCCUGCAGCUGGAGCCCAGCUUCCAGGCGGGCCCCCAGUCCAUGCCCCUCUCCCUGGGGGGCACUGCCAUCUGCAGGGUGAAGGCAUGCAGUAAGCCGGAGGGGGCACGCUGCAGGAGGGAGUUCAUGGAGAGUUUCUGUGUCCGCCUGGAGAAGCAGCGGGCCCUAUCCUCUGCCCAGGUCCUCAGGUGGUUCCAUGCCAAGGUGCUCCGCUCUCUGAAUGUGAUCCGCUUCCAGUGGGAACAGCGCUGCUCCAUCAGCCUGCUCCCUCACCGAGACCAGCUCAUCCUCAAACUGCUGCCCAGAGCCGACUAUGUUUGCUGCCACAUCUCCCUGUCUGUCAGGCUGAUCCCUGCUCUGCAUGUCGGUGAUUCCGUCUUCCUGGUGGCUGAGAGUUCCAGAGGGAAGGAGUUACUGCUCCCUGCCCUCACCCCGGGCACCCUCUGGGCUGUGUACCUCUCCAAACACGAGCACAAGUUUCUGAACUGGCUCAGGGCUCAAACGCCGAGCAAUUCCUGCCACCUCAAGUGUCUCCAGUUGAUGAAAGUUCUCCGGGACCUGGCCUGCAGAGAGUUUGACCAGCGGUUCUCGGUUCAGUGGAACACCAUCCUGUGUACCUACAACAUGAAAACGGCGCUUUUCCACUUGCUCCUGAAAGGUCCCUUGGAUGCCUGGGAUGAGAAAUUCCUCAUGGAAAGGCUGCAAGACCUGGUCCUGUUUUGGAGGGAGCGGUUACAGAAACAGGAGCUGAUGCACUUUUUCCUCGGGAAUAAGAACGUGCCGGAUUUCCUCACGGUGCCCAGGAAGAUGAAGGAAGUGUUCCCGGUGAACUUGCUCGCUGGCUUUGAUGCUGCUCUCUUGGACCUGGUGUCCUUUCAGCUGCUGAAAACGUGGAAUUGUGCCCAUCUCAUUAUGAAGCUACACAGUCACAAACACUUGCCGAGAAAUUACUAACAGACGCCGAAAUCUGAAACUGCCUUCAAUGUAACAAACCGCCCUGCUGCUUCUCUCUGCUCGGUUGGUCAUUUUAAUUUAUUGCGUCAUUUUAAGUGACACAUCAGUAUUAUGUCCUGAUCACGUUCAAAACAUAGUGUCUCAAAACAUGUCUCCCCACAGCCACUUCACAUUCCAAAAGUUAUCUCUUGUUUCUCUCUCUGUGUGUCUCUCUGCAUUGAAGCUGCCAGACUUGCUGAGUUUUUUCGAGCAAUGUCACUAUUUGAUUCAUUACUUUAACUGUUCUCUGUUCAGGAAGAAAGCCAGUCAGUAUUUUAUAUCAAAAAAUGUUUUAUUUGAAUGUGUACAUUUU